GGGGGCAGCCUGAACCCCAGGAAUGUGCAGAGGCUGCUGCUCCCCACAAGGCUGUUCCAGAGCCGGGAGCCAGGGCCCCGAGCCUCCGGCCCCAGCAGGAGCGGCUAAGCCAGCCAGCAAGGGGAUUAACGAGGCUGAACAGUCUGCCUUCUUUCAGGCUAAUUCCAGAAGUCAGAGGACAGAAAACCCCAUGGGCCAGCUCAGUUGUGCAAAAGCAAAGUUCAUCAUCUCAGGGCUGGUGCUUGGGGUGGGAAUUAGGAGAAUUUUAGGGCACUUGUAUCAGGUUCCUAAAGGGGGUUCCCCAGCAGAAAGGCCCUGAGGGCCAAUGGGGUCACUCCUCCCAGCCCCUCCCUUCUCUAUCCCUGGGGAGGGGCACCCAUCUUGGCCACGCCUCACCCCCACCCCCAGCCCCAGGGGGCUGGGCAGGAGCUUUGCUGGGGACUUGCCCUGGCUUAGGCGGCCACUGUGGGCGGGCCCCUGGCCUUUCCAUCCCCUGGGCCUCCCCCUGCAUUCUAGAGCCUGGGGCGGCUGCCUUUGCUGCUGCCACUGCAGGACUGCCACCUCGCCUCAACCUCUGACCACUUGCUGCACCUCAGUCCAGUUGCUCUUUUCGCCUGGUCGUGACCUCGGUCCCCUGAGGGACCCUGGUCCAGCCCUGAGCCCUGGAAUCCCCAGCCCCCUCCCCUGGGCCAUGGCCAACUCAGGCCUCCAGCUCCUGGGCUACUUCCUGGCCCUGGGUGGCUGGGUGGGCAUCAUCGCCAGCACAGCCCUCCCGCAGUGGAAGCAGUCCUCCUACGCAGGUGACGCCAUCAUCACCGCCGUGGGCCUCUACGAAGGGCUCUGGAUGUCCUGCGCCUCCCAGAGCACCGGCCAGGUGCAGUGCAAGCUCUACGACUCGCUGCUCGCCCUGGAAGGUCACAUCCAGUCAGCUCGAGCCCUGAUGGUGGUGGCCGUGCUCCUGGGCUUCGUGGGCAUGGUCCUCAGUGUCGUUGGCAUGAAGUGCACCCGGGUUGGAGACAGCAACCCCAUCACCAAGGGCCGCAUUGCCAUAGCUGGGGGCGCCCUCUUCCUCCUGGCAGGCCUCUGCACAUUGACGGCUGUCUCAUGGUAUGCCACCCUGGUGACCCAGGAGUUCUUCAACCCAAGCACACCUGUCAAUGCCAGGUUCGAGUUUGGCCCGGCGCUGUUCGUGGGCUGGGCUGCCGCCGGCCUGGCCAUGCUGGGCGGCUCCUUCCUCUGCUGCACAUGCCCGGAGCCGGAGAGAUCCAACAGCAGCCCGCAGCCCUACCGGCCUGGACCGUCGGCCGCCGCCCGAGAACCAGUUGUUAAAUUGUCCGCCUCCACCAAGGGCCCCCUGGGUGUGUAAUGUCCAUGUCUCCAGCCUGGCUCUGUCCCCCUGCCACACUUUGACUGUGUGUUUGGUAUUUUUUGGAAAGAGAUUUGAGCAUUCA